UUGCUUAGCUUUGCCACACCCUACAGGGAGUGGGAGAAUACGAUGAGCAUGCGUACUAAGGUCGAGGGUGGUGAGUCUGGACGGGAUGGCUUUGUCUUCUCCUCUGAGAAGAUGAAGUCCUCACACCAGUUGCUGCGGUCGGCGUCCAAUAUUGGCCAGCCAACUUUGGACGCUCCGGGACGUGACCACCGCCGGCCUACAGAGGCACCGGCCUCUGCCCUGGACGGGCACAACGUGCUUCCACAGCUCGGCGGACGUCCGCUGGGUGGUUUCAAAGGUGCCGGUCACCUUGGCUUGCCCAGCGCCCCACGCACAGACGUGGUGGUCGACCUCGACACGCCCAACCUGCACCUUCGCUUCUCGAUCGAAGGCAACGAGUAUCUGGUUGCCGGUCCGCGUAUCGACGACCUCCUGGAGUGGCUGUUCAUCAACGCCGACGGCGUGGCCUCGCCGUCGCCGCACAACAAGCCGCUGCUGGCGGGCUCGCCGAAGCAGCCGCAGCAAAGCUCGCCGUCGCCGCCGGCACCGGCCAAGCGCCGCCGCACCUCGUCUUCGGCGUCGGGCGGCCCGCCCGCUGGCUCGUCGUCGCUCGAGUCCCUCGGUGCAGCUCCGCUCGGAAGCUCGCUCGGCGGUACGCUCGGCAGCCCGCUUGGCGGUGCCGGCAUCUCGCAAGCCAACCCGAUGUCAGGCUCGUCGUUCAACGUGCUCUCGGGCAUGUCUGCCCACAAUCUCGCGAUUGUCUCGCAGAGUGUGCCCGACCUGGGUAUGGUCGACCGUGCGCUAUCGGCGCUGCCGAUGCGGUUCGGGCGGGCCAACGCGCCGCGGGCUGCGACCCAGUCGCUCAUGUUCAUGCCCUCGAUGGAUUUCAAGAAGCGCCAGGGCCGAAGCGCGCCGACCUCGCGCCGCGGCUCGCACGAUGUGGGCUCGGACAAGGCUGCCUACGCCCCGGUCGAGGUUCCGGUUGCCCCGGUCCGCCGCGUCGAACGCCUGACGUGCAUCACUGCCAUGCCUGAGUACCGCAAUGUCUCGCUGGAGGAGCUCCGCUGGAACUCGUAUUGCGAGGGCAACCGUGGCGUGUCAAAGUGCGAAGUCGUCAACUACAAGGUGUUUAACCUCGACCGCAGCUCGCGGUCGUCUCUCUCGCUAAUUGACAUGCUCCCGAUUGCGCCACCGCCGCCGCCGCCGGUCGCGCACGGCCAGAGCUCGCCAGUCGCCGGGAGCGGGGAGCAGCGCAAGCCGCCAGCCGCCGCCGCCGCCGCUAAGUCGCCAUUGGCUCGGCGCACGUCCGAGUCACACCACCACCUGGACGUCGGGCGCAACACCAGUGCUAUCCCGCGCCCUACCUCGCCGGCCGCGCCCAGCUUUACCGCGCUCUCGUCGGCGCCGCAGCUGUCGAUCGCUGCUGCCGGCGGCGCUGGCGGAGUCAAGUCGCCGGUCCGCUCGCCGAGCGGGCCAGGCAGUCCAGCCGCCUUUCCACAAGCCCCGGGCCUGUUGAACAGGCCCGCGGCGGCAGCGCCGGCAGGGUCGUCGCUGCGUGAGCUCGCCCGGAUUGCGCUCGCCGACGCGCUGGCCACACCACAGUCGCGCGACGCGGCGCACCAGGUUGUCAGCUCGCUUGCUCCCACCGAGACUCAUCGGCCGGCGCCAGCCGCCGCCGAACGCGACGUCCUCGCUGUGAGCAACAUGUUCAUGGCACUUGUGGCACAGCGCGCACUGGACGAUGAGCUGCUGGAGAGCUUCUUCAGGCUCCCCGGUGCGACGUUUGUCCCGUCGUCGCUGCUUCUGGCCAAGUGCCCGCGCGUCGAGCUCCAGCUCCGCGGGCCGCCGGCUUGGAAAAUCACCGAGCUCAACAUCCAGUCGCUCUUCCGGGUCACCGACGCCUCGCUGGACAGGAUGCUUGUCGGCAUCGGCGCCACACUCAAGGCGCUCGACAUCUCGUUCUGCUCGCAGAUCACCGGCAAGGGCCUCAGCUCGGUCGCCACCCACUGCCCAGGUCUGCUCUCGCUGUCGGCGGCAACAACACUGUGCGGAGCCAAGCGGUACGCGCCGGCAGACCUCAUCCGGGUCAUCACCUCGUGCCCCAGCCUGCAGAAGCUCGACCUUUCCGGCUCGCUCGGAGUCACCCCGCCAGUGGCGCGCCACAUCGCCGACCUAGGCCGCUCGCUCGCCUCGCUCCGUCUCUCGCGCUGCUACUCGCUCACCUCGCAGAAGCCGCUGCUCAACAUUGUCCAAUCUUGCCGCCGGCUGCAGAUCCUCGACAUCACCGGAAUCAUGGUGUCGCCGUCGCUCCUCCUCCAUGUUAUAGGCCUGCCGGUCCUGGUCGCGCUCUCGGCGUCGAUGCUGCCUGCCGACGUGCGGGCCGUCAACCCGGCGACCAUUUCUGCAGCGCCACAGCUCGAGUAUUUUGCCAUCAACGCUGUGACCCAAGUCUCGACCCUCUCGCCGCGCGCGCGCGCUGCCUACAAGGUCCUCUCCACCCUCUCCACUGAGCAGCUGACCCAGCUCCUGGUCCUCUCUAACGUGCCGGCUGCAAGAACCUGGCCGCGGUCCCGUAUCCUCUCACUCUGCCUCGAGUACUACGUCCACGGUGUCCCAUCGGCCUGCCCCAUGUGCUCCAGCUACCUCCGACGGUUCUUUGCCACCGACGUCUAUCGGUGUGCCAACGUCACCUGCGCCGCCGCCGUCGACCGCUUUUCGCUCACGUUCUCGGUCCUUCCGACGGACUCGGUCACAUUUGACACCGACGCUCCGCCGCAGACGUAGUUAGCCCUUAACAGUACGGUCGUUCGGACGCGUUGUCGCGCGUCUCAAAGUGAACAACUCGAUGGUG